AUGGAAGAGUUGAAAGAUGUGAGUAUCCAUCACACAGCUCUAAAAGUGCUCUCCGAAAUAACAUCGAUGAAAAGCUACGAUGAAAUCAUCUAUAAAACUGUUCAGCAAUUGGUUUGUUCGCCGGACGUUGAUAAAGUCGAUAUGAAACGAACACUGGAACAAGCAAUCAAAGCAAAUGGCUUAGAAACGGAAAUACGAAACAUUGUCUUUAACCUGUUGAGAGCUUCGACAAAAUGUGACACCAAAAAUCCAGUGCAAUGCAAUGAUGCAUUAAGUUAUCUUCGACGUGCAGGAAUUUUAUGGGAACGGAGAGUUCGAAAAUCAUUAAAUUCCAUGUGCACCGAAAUGGAAGUGACUUUACAAGGCCAAAUUAGAACGAGCGCUGAACGAGAAGAACUUCUGAGCAAAUGGGAUGAAUUAAGCAAUUAUCAAAUUGAUUUGAGCAAUUAUCGGCCAGUUUACGCUCCAAAAGAUCUACUCGAAGUAUUGCUGUCGUUAAAGGGACCAAUGCGACAGGAGGACGAGUAAUUUUCAUUAAUCAUUCAGUCUGUUUCCGUACGGUGUACACGUGUUAUCAACGUUUUCAAUUUCAGCAUCUAUCCAAAAUGGGAAUUCUCACACAUAACACUGCCAGUGAAAAAUUUACUUGAAUUAAAAAUGCAUUUCCGUGACUUAUUAAGACCAACAAUACCGAAUUGGUCCGCGCAGUGUAGGCGAAUUUUGAGCCAACGACAUGCUCCGUUGUGUCAACAUGCAUUAAAAAAGGGACAAACACCAAAACCACUUCGCGGCGAACUUUGGUCCUAUGUACUUGGAAGUCAUAGUUUUGUUAGUAAUUUGCCUUAUUGGGAGAAAUUGAAAAACGCCGUUCUAAUGACUGAUCUCAUUGUUGACAAACUCGUCUUCAAAGACGUUCAACUCACAGCUACAAAUGAUGACCAAUAUUUUGUGUUUGAAGAUAUUUUAUAUCAGAUAAUGCUUUGCUUUUCGCGUGAUACGGAAAUCAAUCAAUCGAUACAAUUUGAUUUAUUAAAUGUAGCAAAGUCAAAGCAAUAUGAAGGCCCACCCUCGGGAGUUGUUCCGUUUCAUGGCAUUUGCAUGUUUGGUACAUGA